AAAAUGCUGCAGGGAGAGACUUUGGGCACCUGUCUGCAGCCAAGUCAGGCUGCCCUGUUGUCUUCUUCACUGAUAAGAGAUGGUGGAAUGCUGCUGCCACAAAGUCAAACAAAGUCACGAGUGACGCCAGGGAGGGUGGGCUGGUGAGUCACAAACUGAGGAAGUUUCUAUGCAAGGGGACCCAUGAAUCCUCCUGUUCCACACCUCACAGUCAGCAUUUGGGGUCUGGGAAAACUUGGAAGGCAGGAUGCAGAGGAGGAUGGGGGUGCCGGGUGCUCUGCCCGCAGAGACACAGCUUCCCCAAAGCCACUCAGGGCUGAGACAGGACCAGGAUGGGUGGGGAGUCCCUCCUGCCAUCCCAAACGUGGGCAAACCAGUCUCUCCAGCCACAGACACCACAUGAGAAAGCUGUGGUUGCCCUCGUGUCUACCUGCCAUCCUUUCCCUGCUCCAGGCAGGGAGCUCUGGCUCCUGCAUCCAACCCGAGGUACCUCGUGACCAGGGUCAGCCACUCCACCUGCUCUCGCCUUGGUUUUCCUCCACCUCAAAUGGCAAUAACCCAUCUCCGAGGUGCUGUGUAGCCAAGUUCAUUAGUGCCUGGCUUCGUUAAUUGCUUUCAGCAGGGCUGGAAGGACAGAGACUCAUUAUGGCAGUUGCCCUGUUAUCUGCUCAUCUUUGGGGAGGAGGAGGUGGACAUGCUGGUGAGGCUGGAUGGCAGUGCUAGGCUCACUGUGGCCACAGGGCUCCUGCUCUGAGCUGGAGGAGAAAUCCUCAACCCCUUCACAUGCACAGCAAAUUAAUGUGGAUGCUCUUAAUUUCAUCUAUUUGGUUGGGGCUAAAAUAAAGAGGCCCAGAAAAAGUGCUGAAUCUGAAUGGAUGCUCAAGGGUAGGGCUGAAUUCAGGCUCUUGAUGCCAAGUAGAGCCCAUGGCACCUUCUGCUCACAGCUGCAGUGUGUUUGUGGGGAUAAACCAUUUCUCAGGUGGAGCACAGUCCUCCAAACUACAUGUGCUAGACAAGAACCGUGAAAGUGGCCACAUCCUUGGGUGAUGCACAGGGAAUUAACAGCUGCAGAGGCUAAAGGAGAUGGGAGACCACAGAUAAGGGGCUAGCAUGGAAGAAGGGCUCUCCUCACCUCCCUGUCUGCUUUCUGGGUUUAAAUGUUGUGUUUCAUGGACAAACCAUCUGAAAGGUUGGUGUUUACAGUCACAGUCCCUACUGCAGCAGGGCAAUCAGAGUUAGCACGCCUGGGUUGGGGUUUGGCCAGGAGCUCCUGACCUGCCAAAGUCCUGGUUCUACCUGUUUUCCUCUUGACUGAUACUAGUCCAAGGUUCUGCCCAAAUCAAACCUGGGCUUUCCAGCCACUCGUGCUCCCUAUUUUAGUUACAUGUUUGAAAGAGAAGACCCAGCUAUCUGCCACAGCCAUCAGCCUGCAAGUGCCUGCAGGAACUCGUGUGCUCUCCCUGCUGAUCUUGCUGGUUUUGUAAGGAAAAGCAGUCCUGCAGAGGACAUCUGGUGCUCAUAGGAGGGACAAAGCAGAUCCAAAAGUGUGGGUAAGGAGGUCACUUGCUGGGGAAAAAUGGGGGAGGUGAGUGGUUUAAGUGAUCUUAAAACCAUCAGUGAGUUGAAGGAACGUGGCCAAGCCCUGUGGCAUGAUGGCAAGUGGGCCAUGAGCUGCUUUGUUCUCUCUUCUUCCUUUCUGUUUUAACUCAGUGUUAGCAGUCAGCCCUGCCAAAAGGCAGUGGGUGCAGGCUGAAAGAGAUGCCCAGUGAUGUCAGAACAUCGCUGCUGGUGUCCAGGUGAUGUCCAUGGUCUGUGCAUGGGCAGGACAGGUGGGAAGAGGUGAAGAACCUGGUGGGUGAGAGCUCAGGAUGACUGUGCUGCUCCAUUGCUACAUGGGGUGAGUGGGAGCAGUGUGGGGCUGGAAUAGGAGGUGGCUUGGAUUGCCCAUUCUACCUUUAAUCCUCAAGUCUUUUGCAGCCAGGGAGGUGUCCCACAUACCGUAGGCAAAACCCAAUCCCCGUGUAAAUGGCUCGGAGCAGCUUCCCACAUCCCUCAUCUCAUCACUCUGUGCCUGGGGCAAUUGCCUCUGGGCUUUCCCAACAGCUCUGUGCUGUUCACUGACGUUUCCAACAACGACAAAAUAUGCCAAAAAUAACCCCUGCUCUCUGGCAGGAAGGCCAAGGAGCUCCCCAAAACAUCUCUGCUCAGUGCGUGCCACUUUGAGAAGGUGAGACUGCAGCCCUGGAGGUGCUGGAGGGACUUUUCUGGAUGAGGUUAAGAUGUACAAUUCCCUGGAGUGGAGCAGGGAUAGCAGUCGAGAGCCCUGUGCUUUGCAGUCGCAGUGUGCCAGAGUGAGCUACUGAAAGAUGUUGGAGCCAUUGUGCUGCUAGACAGAUUGGAAGCUUAGAAAACUACUACCACUUUCACCACAGCAGGACGUUUAAGCGCUCGACGCUGAGCAGCCGGGGACCGCACAACUUCCUCCGCAUGGACCCCAAGGUGGACUGGCUGCAGCAGCAGGAGGUGAAGCGGAGGGUGAAGAGGCAGGUCCGAGGGGAGCCACAUGCUCUGCCCUUCAACGACCCGGUGUGGCCCAACAUGUGGUACCUGCACUGCGGCGAUAAAAACAGUCGGUGCAGGUCGGAGAUGAACAUCUUGUCAGCCUGGCAGAGGGGCUACACGGGCAAGAACGUGGUGGUCACCAUCCUGGAUGACGGCAUAGAGAGGAACCACCCUGACCUCCUGCAGAACUACGAUCCCCUUGCGAGCUACGAUGUCAAUGGGAACGACCACGACCCGACUCCGCGCUACGAUGCCAGCAAUGAGAAUAAACAUGGCACUCGCUGCGCGGGGGAGGUGGCGGCAGCGGCGAACAACUCGUACUGCAUCGUGGGCAUCGCCUACAACGCCCGCAUCGGAGGCAUUCGUAUGUUAGAUGGAGAUGUAACAGAUGUUGUUGAAGCGAAGUCGCUUGGCAUCAGACCCGAUUACAUUGACAUUUACAGCGCGAGCUGGGGGCCAGAUGAUGAUGGGAAGACAGUUGAUGGACCUGGUCUAUUGGCCAAACAGGCUUUUGAGCAAGGCAUUAAAAAGGGUCGCAGGGGACUGGGGUCCAUUUUCGUCUGGGCAUCGGGGAACGGCGGCAGAGAGGGUGAUUAUUGCUCCUGUGACGGCUACACCAACAGCAUCUACACCAUCUCCAUCAGCAGCACCACCGAGAACGGCUACAAGCCCUGGUACCUGGAGGAAUGUGCCUCCACCCUCGCCACCACCUACAGCAGCGGGGCUUUUUACGAGCGGAAAAUAGUCACCACGGAUCUCAGGCACCGCUGCACCGACGGCCACACCGGCACCUCCGUGUCCGCCCCCAUGGUGGCGGGAAUCAUCGCCUUGGCUUUGGAGGCAAACCCCCUGCUCACCUGGAGGGACGUCCAGCACCUGCUGGUCAAAACCUCACGGCCGGGGCACCUGCGAGCGCCCGACUGGAAAACCAACGGCGCGGGGCACAAAGUUAGCCAUCUAUAUGGCUUUGGGCUGGUGGAUGCUGACGCUAUUGUGGUGGAAGCCAAGAAGUGGAAGAUGGUUCCUCCUCAGCACAUCUGCGUGGGAAGCUUGGACAGGGUGCCCAAGUACAUCCGAGCUGACCAUGUGCUGCGCGCCAGCACCCUGAGCAGCGGCUGCGCUGAGCACCGUGACCAGCACGUGCUGUACCUGGAGCACGUCGUGGUGAGGCUCAGCAUCUCCCACCCACGCCGGGGAGACCUCCAGAUCAGCCUCGUGUCUCCAGCAGGAACCAGGUCGCAGCUCCUUGCCAGGAGGGUGUUCGACCACUCCAACGAGGGGUUCAAGGGCUGGGAGUUCAUGACUGUCCACUGCUGGGGGGAGCGGGCGGCGGGGGAGUGGACCCUGGAGAUCCACGACACGCCAUCCCAAGUGCGCAACCCCGCCGUGCAAGGGAAGCUGAAGGAGUGGAGCCUCAUCUUCUACGGGACAGCUGAGCAUCCCUACAUUGCACUGGGUGGGCCCCAGUCCCGUGGAAGGUCGUUGGAAGUGCCAACAUCAGAGAUGGAGCCAUCGAGAGCUGCCUUCCUGCAGAGCCAGGUGGAGGUGGCAGAGGAGGAGGAGGAGUACACGGGUCCGUGCCACCCCGAGUGCGGCGACCAGGGCUGUGAUGGUCCCAACGCCGACCAGUGCUUGAACUGCAUCCACUACAGCCUGGGCAGCAUGAAAACUGGCAGGAUGUGUGUGAGCUCCUGCCCCGCGGGGUUUUUUGGGGACAAAGGCGCCCGGAGGUGCCGCCGGUGCUACAAGGGCUGCGAGCGCUGCCUCGGGAGGGGACCGACCCAGUGCACGGCCUGCAAGAGGAACCUCUACCACCACCAGGAGAUGAACACCUGCGUGGUGCUGUGUCCCACCGGCUUCUACGCCGAGGAACGUCAGAAACGCUGUCUGAAAUGUCAUCAAAGCUGUAAAAAAUGUGUUGGCGAAGCAGACAAAUGUACUGCAUGCAAAGAGGGAUUCAGCCUGGCAGGAGAGAGCUGUGUGCCCGAGUGCCAGCCUGCCAUGUACCUCAGCCGGGAGCCCCAGCGCUGCGAGACCUGCCCCGCCAGCACAGGGCCGGGAGAGGAGGACUGCACCCCCUGCACCCUCGAGGGCCCUGCACCCCACUGGCGCUGUGUCCCUGCCUGCCGUGAGGGCUUUUACCCCACCGACAGCCACGGGCUGCCCAACAAGGUCUGCAAGAGGUGUGACGAUCACUGCUCAGCCUGUGAAGGCUCCAGUGGGAACUGCCUUCGGUGUAAAGAAGGUUUCAGCCUCCUGGGUGGCUCCUGUGUAACAAAUGAAACCUGUACCAACGCUGACAAGACUUUCUGUGAGAUGGUGAAAUCAAACAAGCUCUGUGAAAAGAAGCUGUUUGUGCAGUUCUGCUGUCAGACGUGUCUUAUGGCUGGGUAAAGUUCAGCGGCUGCGUCCAUCCAGGACUUCCACCGACUGCCAGCCCAGUUUUGCCAAAUGUUUAGGACAAAAAGUUUAUUUUUUCAGCUUUGGGAGAGUUUACAUGGUGCUGUCAAGCAUUUCGCUCCUAAGUUUGAUAGCUUUAAUAUCACUGUCAGCGCGUUUCUAUAGCAAUAUGUUAAGCAGAGAUCGGAUUGUAUCCUGAGUGAUCACGUCCUGGGAGCAGCAGACAAGCGGUGAUAUUAAUACUCUCAAACACUCCUCGUGAGCAGGGACUGAUGCAUGAUCCAUGUACACACGCUUGGUUCUUCGUAGAAAUUCUACUGACCUGCCCGCUCCGAGCGGCUGGCGGGAGCCCUCGCCGCGAGGGAUGCAGGACUCCACACCUGUGAGGAAAGAGCCGUUUGUGGCUCGCUUUUCGGUACCCUUCUCUGCUAGGUGAGAGCUGAUACAGACCUGAAAUGCCAACGGCUCUGUACAUAGGUAAAACGAUGAACCAGGCGGUUCUGGAGCGGUGCCCUACAGCCCACUCUGGAAUUCCUGUUCGGAUUCGGUCAGUCGCUGUUUCCCUCUGGCCGGGGCAAGAACUGGAGGUUUGAGGACCAAAGCGAGAGCUGACCCAUGGGGCUCUGCAGGUGUGUCAGCCCAGCAGGGAACUGCAGGCAGGCAAAACCCGUGUGCCUACAGGGGGUCUUAGGGAUUUGGUGGGGUUUGUCCGCACGGACCGGCCUUACCACGAAAUGUAUUUCCCUCCUGGAACCGCGAGUAAGUUGCUGAUUGAUUCAGUUCUGGAACGAGCUAGAUCCUUCCUCUAAAUGAGAUGCUGUCCCAGUUAAUCUCUUCUGGCAUUUUGUGUCAUCAUCCUUCCCCUGUUUUGCUGGGUAUACCCCUCUCUCUCACAAAAUCCUCCUGUUCACGGCAGUGAUUUUUCUCGGGCAUCUAUUUCCCAGAUGAGACAUUCCGGGGAUCCAGACAGGAAACUUAAUUCUACAAAACCCUCCCCCGAAACAAACCUUUUCAUGCUCUCUCUUAAUAGUAAGUCAUGUGGUGUUUAUAUAAUUGUGUUUAAAAUAUCCUUGGCUAUGUUGUUUUACAGAUUUUUAAAAAAUAACUUAUACAAUCCUUGUUUUUUCUCUGUGGAUUAUUUUUUAUAUGGGAGUGGGGUACCUUUUUGUGUCUUAUUCCUUCUCCUUUUCUCUCCUCUCUGACCCUGCAAAGCCAGUCUUUGCACCAGACAUAUGUAAACACUCUUUCCUACGCUGCAUGUUCUGAUUUUCAUUGUUAAUAGUUUUUAUGAGUUAAACCUUUUGCCAAUGAAAUCCUCAGUGUGAAAUGUCACCAGUCCCUCACAGAGCUGGGAUAAUCCCUGCUUGGUUUCAGCUGCAGUGACACGUGCCCUGCCUGGGCUUGCCCACUAGAGCUCACCUCAGCCAGGUGGAAGGGGGGAAAGCCACACUGCCACCGGUCCUCACCUGCCUGGGCCAAACCCAAGGAAAGAUGGAGCUUUGGUGAACUGACCUUUUAAGUUAAUAAACUAUUGAUCUCCCCU